AUGAACUCGACCACAGCCCAGCAACCUUUCUACAGCGGUUCGCAAACGUCGGGACAGUGGGCGGAUCUCUCUCCCAUCGGAGCACGAGGAGGAUUUACCGGUUUUGGAAACAGUGGCGGAGGCGCGACCGCCACUAACGGCUACGAUUAUGGCAGUCAGCAAGUGAAUGGAUUCACAAUGCCACCUCCGGGUUAUGCGCAAACGAUGCAGUUUACAACCUCCAAUGGUGGACCGCCUGCUAGCUAUCAAAACGGAUACCACCCGCAGCACCAUAACAUGUACUCUCAAAACGGGUAUUUGCAACCUCAGUGUGCGAUAAAUGGUUUGAACUCCGAUUAUAGUAACGGAGUCACCGCCGGCUACGUGACGAAAGGUUUUGGUGGUACAUUUGAUCCCAAAGAUAAAAAUUGUGGUGAUUUUGCCGGGAAUUGGAAUUGUCAAACCGCUGGUGCCGAUUCCGUUGAAAAAAACUUGGUUUCCAGGCAACUGUUCAAUAAUAUGAAUAGUGGUAUUAACUUUGAUAAUUACGAGAGCAUUCCGGUUGAUGUUAGCGGUGAGAACACGCCUGAUCCCAUAACUGCGUUCAACGAUGCGAAAAUGCAUGAAUGGAUUCAGCAGAACGUGGAUAAAAGUGGCUACAAAAAACCCACACCCGUCCAGAAGUACUCUAUCCCUACUCUCCUUGGCAACCGUGAUCUAAUGUCGUGCGCUCAAACAGGAUCCGGAAAAACAGCAGCAUUCCUUCUCCCAAUAAUUCACCAUAUUCUUGUAAAUGGUCCUGAAGCGAUACGCCCCUCUAUGAUGUCAAGCUCUGGUCGACGAACUUUUUACCCUGCUGCCCUCGUUCUUGCUCCUACUAGAGAGUUGGCUAUUCAGAUCCACAAAGAAGCCGCGAAAUUCAGCUAUCGUACCAAUAUUAUCACUGCUAUCCUGUAUGGUGGUCGUGAAAAUUACCGGGAACAAAUCAACCGCUUGCGUGGUGGAUGUCAUAUCCUCAUCGCCACUCCUGGCCGACUAAUAGAUAUCCUUGAACAGGGCUAUAUCGGAUUAGCUGGUUGUCGUUAUCUGGUGUUAGACGAGGCGGAUCGAAUGCUCGAUAUGGGAUUCGAACCACAGAUUCGAAAAAUUGUUGGUCAAGGAAUGCCACCGAAAACUGAACGUAUUACUGCCAUGUUCAGCGCCACUUUUCCGAAGCAGAUUCAGACUCUUGCACAAGACUUUCUUAAGCCCAAUUACGUGUUCUUAGCCGUAGGACGAGUAGGAUCUACCUCCGAGAAUAUUGACCAGCAAGUUUUGUUGGUGGAAGAGUUCGACAAACGGAAAAUGCUCCUAAAUAUUUUGUCAAGAGAAGAAAAUGCUUCACUAGUGCUUGUAUUUGUUGAAACCAAACGUGGAGCGAACGAACUUGCCUACGCACUUCAGCGGCAGCAGAUCAAUGCUGUUGCAAUUCAUGGAGAUUUGAAACAAUUCGAAAGGGAACGAAAUCUUGAGCUAUUCAGAAAUGGGACAAAUCCUGUUCUUGUCGCUACAGCGGUGGCGGCGCGAGGUUUGGACAUUCCAAAUGUUCGGCACGUUGUAAAUUAUGAUCUCCCUGGGGAUAUCGACGAAUAUGUACACAGAAUUGGAAGAACGGGUCGCUGUGGAAACACUGGACGAGCUACGAGCUUUUUCACAGAGAAGAAUCGAGCUCUUGCUCGAGAUUUGUCCCAGCUGCUCAGCGAAGCCAACAAGGAAGUGCCGGAUUUCCUCCUCAGAAUGGCUGCUGAAGGAAGGUCCCAAGGCAACAAUCGUUCGAUAAACCGACGUUUUGGUGGAUCAGAUCAGCGGCGUGGUGGUGGAGCCGGUAUGGGUGGGAAUCGUGGAGGAUAUAGUGGCCCACCAGCAAUUCCACCUACAAUUCAAAACGGUUUUGGUCCAGGAUUUCCAAUUGGUGCAAUGAAUGGUUUCGCUCAACCCCCACGUUUUCCUCCGCAGCAGAAUGGUUUUACCUCAACACAGACCCGUUUUCCGCCUUCGUUCCCGCGUGGAGCCAGUGCUCCAUUCAAUGGUGUUCCUCCUGUAGGAUUUGGACAGCCUGGCUUUGCAGCAGCCUCCAUAUCCGAAUGCCCGUGGAUUCGGCAACUGGCAGAACUAGGUUCUGCAGCGCUCCGAUGCUCUUUGUCCCUAGGUGGAACACCUGCGAAAGUUAUUUAUUGUAAAAAGUCACAUUCACCUCCAAAGAACUGCGAAAUCACCGAACAGGAUCAAGCUAUUUUGCAACUUAAAACUCAAAGAGACAAGAUCAAACAGUUCAUUCGAAGAAAAGAAAAAUGUAUGGAACGUGAGAGAGAAUUAGCUCGGCAACUGAUCAAAGAAGGGAGAAAAGAUCGUGCGCUUCUACUUUUGAAGAAGAAGAGAUACCAAGAAAAUGUCAUCGAACAGACUUUGCGACAACUGGACAAUAUUGACAGAAUGGUGCAUGAUCUGGAAUUUGCCGAAAUUCAACAAAGGGUAGUCGAGGGACUUCGACAAGGAAAUGACGCUCUUAAGAAGAUGAAUACGAUCUUUGACAUUGAUGAAAUAGAGAAACUUAUGGAAGAGACAAAAGAGGCAGCUGAAUACCAAGAGGAGAUUUCGACGCUCCUUUGUGGUCAGUUGUCUACGGCUGAUGUCCAAGAAGCCGAGCAAGAAUUGGAGCAAUUACUGGCGUCGCAGAUAGACAGUGACAUUAAAUUGCCCGAUGUUCCUACGCACGACCUACCGGAAAUACAGAAAGAGACAGUACGUCCAAGCAAAAAACGGGAAGCAAUCGAGGCGGAGGUGUAA